GUGCAAUGGCCGCCAGGAACCGUGUAAAAGAUCUCCAAGCAGUUGCUAACUGUUCCCUUUGCCAGGAUUAUUUUAAAGAUCCGGUGAUUCUGAAGUGUGGGCACAACUUCUGCCGAUCCUGUAUCACUCGGUACUGCGAGUCUGUGGACUUCAUGAACAUCUCCCCCUGCUCCUAUACCUGCCCCCUGUGCAGAGAAGCCUUCCGGGAAGGAGAAUUCCAGCCUAACCUGCAGCUGAGGAAUAUAGCAGAUAUAAUGAAAAAAAUCCCAGAGCCAGGAGGGAGGAGAGCAUGCAAAGAACAUGGGAAGCUUCUGAAACUUUUCUGUGAAGUGGAUCAAACCCCCAUCUGUCUGGUCUGCAGAGAGUCCCCCACUCACAAAGAACACCCCGUGGCUCCUGCUGAUGAGGUUGCCCUCGAUUACAAGGCCCAGAUUCAGAGCUGUUUGGACAUUUUGAAGAAUGAGAGAGAAAAUAUUCUGUCAUUUAAACUGAGUGGGGAAAAUGAAAGCCAGGAACUGCUGAAACAGCUGGAAACUGAGAAGCAGAAGAUUGUGUCUGAAUUUCAGCAACUGCGCCAGUUUCUGGAAGAACAAGAGCGACUCCUGCUGGCCCAGCUGGAAGAGCUGAAUAAGGAAGUUGAAAAGAGGAGGGCUGAGUAUGUUGCCAAACUAUCUGAGGAAAUAUCUUCUUUCAGUUCCCUGAUCAGUGAGAUGGAGCAGAAGUGCCAGCAGCCAGCAAGUGAAUUCCUGCAGGACAUCAAAGGCACCUUAAGCAGAUGUGAGAGGGAGAAGUUUCGGAAGCCAGUGGCCUUUUCUUCUGAACUGAAAAGGAGAAUCAGGGAAUCUUCUCAAAAAAAUGCAGCUCUGGAGACCAUAGUGAAGAAAUUCAAAG